AGUAUUUACGUCAUCUCAUGUACGUACCAUUACCAGUUGAAUUGAGACUUAGAUCAGCGAGCUCUCAGAUAAACAACAAAGAACCGUUCGAUUCUUCACGAAUUACGAUGGCGUCAACGACUAACCGCCGAACAUCUUUUUCCAUCAAUGCUGCAAUUCGAAAUUUUAAUUCCACUUUGGAACCUCCGAUUCAGCAACAUUUGAAGCAAGUUUACACCUGCUUAACCUUGUCAACUUUAGCAGCUGCUGUGGGUGCUUAUGUACACCUUUUCACGAAUGUGCUAUCAGGAAAUUUCCUUACUUCAUUUGUUGCUAUUGGAUUUCUUUUGACUCUGUUUGCAACUCCUGAUGAUAGUGGAAAGAAUGCCAAGACUAGGAUUGGUUUGCUGCUUGGAUUUUCUUUCUUUACAGGUCUAGGACUUGGACCUCUGUUGGAUACAGUUAUUCGUAUUAAUCCAGCCAUCAUUUCUACAGCUUUCUUGUCUACAGCUGUGCUUUUUACAUGUUUCUCUCUUUGUGCUCUACUGUCACCUAGAGGCCAAUAUUUGUUUCUUGGAGCUCCACUGCUUUCAAUGUUCUCAUUGCUAAGCAUUCUCUUUUUGGCAAAUAUUUUCAUUGGAUCAGUUCUAGUUUUUCAGGCUUACCUGUAUUUGGGAUUCGCGGUCAUGUGUGGAUUUGUCCUGUACGACACCCAACUGAUCAUCGAAAAGCGCCGCAUCGGGGAUAAAGAUUUUGUUUGGCAUUCAGUUGAUCUUUUCAUCGAUUUCGUAAAUAUUUUCCGAUACUUGCUGAUUAUUCUUGCUCAGAAGGAAGACAACCAAAGUAAGAAGCGCAAGAACUAAUAAAACUUAAAUGUGUUGAUGGUAAUAUGUUUGAAUUCCUGUUCCUAAAAAAAACAUGAUUAUAAAAUUUAUGAACUUACAAUAUUACAGUAGUUAACAACUCUUGCUCCCCUGGAUUGGAUCAUGUUUUGUGUUUUAUUGAUAAUGUACGAACCAAUAAUACAAAGGUUAAUGGAAAAAUAAA